GUUUUAGGACCACGCGGCCCCACCGGCUACGGGAGAAAAAGACAGCCAGGCAGACAAAGGCACGAGAAAAAGAGAGAGAGAGAGAGAGAGAGAGAGAUCCUGCAGCAUCCACACCCACCCUGCACGAGCUACACACUGUCUGUCACACACUGUCUGUCACACACACGCCUCACGCGCACAGCAGACAACCCCGCUGCUGUUACCAACAACAGACCAUUAGCCCCUCAAUUUCUCUGUUGGUCCUUAAUCCACACUGUGGUUCCCUCUUUGGUCUCUAGUUCCCAGUUACCCAUAAUUCCACACUGCCCAAGGUCACACCGUCGCCAUGGAGCUGGAUUUCGGACACUUUGAUGAGCGAGACAAGUCGUGCCGCCGGAAGCCGGAGAAGAACGGCCUGCCGAGUCCCACGCACAGCGCUCACUGUAGCUUCUAUCGCACACGCACGCUGCAGGCACUUUCCAACGAGAAGAAGGCCAAGAAGGUCCGUUUCUACCGCAACGGCGACCGCUACUUCCGCGGCAUUGUCUAUGCCGUGGCCACUGAGCGCUUCCGCACUUUUGACGCGCUGCUGGAGGACCUGACACGCUCGCUCUCAGACAACAUCAACCUCCCACAUGGCGUCCGCUUCAUCUUCAGCAUCGAUGGCACACGCAAGAUCGGUAGCCUCGACCAGCUGGAGGAAGGUGAGAGCUAUGUCUGUGCCUCAGAGAACUUCUAUAAGAAAGUGGACUACACGAAGAACGUGAACCCGAACUGGUCUGUGAACGUGAAGGCCAGUGCGAUGCAGAAGAAUGCGGCUAGCCGCCAGGCGGGUGACAUGCGCGAGAACAAGGACUUUGUGCGGCCCAAGCUGGUGACGGUGAUCCGCAGUGGUGUGAAGCCCAGGAAGGCUGUGAGGGUUCUGCUAAACAAAAAAACCGCACACUCGUUUGAACAAGUUCUCACCGACAUCACCGAGGCCAUCAAACUGGAGAGCGGCGCUGUCAAGAAGAUCUACACACUGGACGGAAAACAGGUCACUUGUCUGCAGGACUUCUUUGGAGAUGAAGACGUGUUUAUUGCUUGUGGACCUGAGAAGUUCCGUUAUGCACAGGAUGAUUUCUCCCUGGAUGAGAACGAGUGUCGGGUGAUGAAGACUCCUAAAGGUCAGAAAGGUUCGGCUAAGAGUCCUGGUCCUAUUCGCCGCAGCAAAUCUCCUGCUGAGUCCACUAAUGGUACUGGCUCCAGCAGUCAGUUGUCCACUCCGAUCUCUAAACAGUCUCCAAUUUCAACCCCAACUAGCCCCGGAAAUGCCCGCAAACAGAAGGAUCUGUACCUGCCUCUCUCCCUGGAAGAUGACACUGAAUCACUGGGAGAAUCUAUGUAAGCUCUGCCCACCACUGGUCGAUCAACCUGAGCUGCCGGUCACAGAGGUUUCUGUGAUGUUCUUCGUCGCUCCCCAGUGGUGUGGAUGAGCGGCGAUUCUUUCGUGCUUCAUCACUGUCCAGCUUUUGAGCAUUUUCUCUGUCGUUUUCACACAUUUAAAUUUUUUUAUUUUUUUAUUUUUUUUGCUGCUUGUGAAUUCGUCGUGUCCAUUUAUGGCACCUUCCUUCAAGUUUGUGUUUUUUGUAAUAAUAUUUUUAAAAUAAUGUUCUGUAUAUGCAGGGCAUAUACACGGCGAUCACAAACAAGUUGAACACCUGGGUUUUUACGCAACUUAAAUUUUUGUGCAUUUUUGAAGUGAUUUUUUAAAAAAUGAAAAAUCCCUGAUAUCAGAUGUAUAGUUUGUACUUGUGAGUGCAUUUCAUAUCAGCGUGUAGAUUGUUUUUUGGAAUUUCUUGCUUAUGUGUCAUGAUUUGUCACUUUAACACUUAAAAAAACAUUCUUUCAGCGCUUGGCUCCGCGAAUUCCGAGCAGCAAACGAAGUUCCUUCUCUUAUUCCGACUUGUACAAAAACACUUUUUAUUCAUCUUUUUUUGUAACUCUGGCUGUAUUUAAUAACUCGCUGUGCUUUUAAAACAAAUCGAAAGCAGUCUUUUCUUUCAGUCCUGACUAGGCAUGUGCUGAAUUAAUGCCAUUAUCAGAUAACAGGGUUACGAUUUUAUCACAGUACUGUAGCUCCAUGUAGCUUUUUACUCCUCACUCUUCUUCAUGUGACGUCUGUUUACUCAGAACUCCUCUCUAAACUGUUAACGACAGGAGACACGAGUGAGACAACUAACCUGAGCUACCUAGACACAAACAGGCCAGUUUUACUAAGUGAAUUCCUCUAAUUGGACUGUUAAUUAAAGCAGGAAUUAUGGAAUAUCGUGUAGAAUCGAUCAUCAGCACAUGCCGAGUCCUGACCCGCGUCCAGCCGAUUCAGCGUUUUCACCUCUUUAUGAAACCUGAGCUUACAGGAAAAGGGGAAAAAAUUCAUGUCUUUCUUGGUUAAGUAAGCAAAACGAUAAAAAAAAAAAAAAAUAGAAAAACAAUAAAAAAAAUUAAAAAAAAGAAA